AAACAAACAAACAAACAAACUCGGGUUCAGCCAGAAAUACACGAGCUAUAUAUUAUAUUUCAUGGGGGUUAUAGGAGUGUCGGUAAAGUAAAGCGGGCAGCGCCGCUCUCCGCCUACUCUCUGCUACAGCUGCUACGGCCUCUUUCACCAUUUUCUUCCGCUGCUUGGACGCUAAUAAAGGAGGCGGGGGAUAGAUGGAGGAAAACCUGAGGCUAAUUUCGAGGUAAAGUCCGGUUAUUAAAAAAACAGCAGAGACCGACGGGACACCAGCAGGUUGUGGGGUGCUCACGGGCAAGAGGACAUGGAAAUCGAGUCGGAGGAGCGCAGGAGAGAACACUGGAAGUUGUUAUCUAGUCUGAAGACCACAGUGGAGGGCCUUGUGUCCACCAAUAACCCUAAUGUGUGGUCACGCUACGGUGGCCUUCAGCGACUACACAAGGACAUGAAUAAUAUCCUGAGCCAUGGAUUGAAGAAUGAACAGGUUUACUAUAAGCAGAGAGACUACUGGCAGUUUGUGUGGUGUGUUCGCUACAUCAGCCCCCACCUUGCUUCACAUGUUGAACAGUUCAGCCACUUGGAGCCGAUUCGAAGCAGCGGCAUGCAGAAUACGGGUGAAAGCUACAAGGCUGAGCGCUGGUUGCUUCACAGCUUGCAGGUUCACGUGCUGUCUGCUCAGCUCAGACCUCUGCUCAAGCAUGUUGGACAUAUACGAAAAUACUAUAAUGACAAGGCCUUUCUGCUGAGCGAGCCCCAUGUGACCGCCAUGUUCCAGUGUUUGGAAGCUGUGGAGCAGAAUAACCCUAGACUGCUGGCUCUGGUAGACACUGUGGGGCUGUCUCCAAUGAGGACCCUGCCAUGCUUUGGCCUGUUGAAGAGCCAGAGUUUGUGUAUGUUGCCAGGUGCUGGUGGGGCCUGGCAGUCAGCAGACUCGACUCUCAUGGGACAAACUACAAACUGCAGUCUCAUCACCUCUAGCUGCUUCCUCCAGUCUUCAGACACCACAAGCAGCACAUUGGGAUUCAGCUCCCAAAGCAGCAAAAGCACAAGCACUACCUCUACAGCCAGCAGCCUGGGAGCUCCUCCAUGGGUGUGUAUGUCCAAGACAGGGGAGAGUGAACGGGGCGUGACGCCUCCUCCUGGCUCUCAGAUGGCCCCUCACAUCUCCCUAACGGAGUCAUCGCCCACCUACUUCCUUCCUGAGGCUGUUGACUGCAGUGAAGGCGACUGUGAUGAUGGCCCAGAGUAUCUGGCUAUUGGUAACCUUGGGCAACGCAGUCGUGACUCUCGACGCACCAGUCCCAGCAGUGAUCAAAGCAUGACCCCGGACCAGGCCGUGCAGCGGUGUUCUGUUGCCCCGCCCCCUGCCAGACGCUCAUCUUUUUCAGAAGGCCAAAAGGUGCCGGGCCGGUCCUCUCGAGGCCACACCCGCUCAUUUUCUGACACUGGUGUCAGUCAGAAACUCAGACAGGAAUCAGCAGAUGAGGAUUGCUGUAUGAAGGACUACAAUCCUUUCUCGCCUCAGUGCACCAGUGCCAGCAACCCCAGUUCCCUCUAUGUGGAAUCCUAUGGAGCCCAGCACACCUCUGUUCCUGAUGGGAUGUUCAGGAGACCAUCGGAGGGCCAGAGCCUCAUCAGCUACCUGUCUGAGCAGGACUUUGGUAGCUGUGCUGACCUUGAAAAGGAGAAUGCUCACUUCAGCAUUUCAGAGUCCUUGAUUGCAGCAAUCGAGCUGAUGAAGUACAAUAUGCGACGUCAGGAGGAGCAAGGCGAAGAAGAGGGAGACAGUGACAGUGAAAUUCAGCAGCUCAAGCAAAAGAUCCGCCUCCGGAGGCAACAGAUCCGACGCAGUUGCACAACCUCCCAGCACAUUUUCCACUCCACUGACAGCGGAGGCUCCAGGAGAAGCUCCCAAGACUCCUACCAGGGCCUGUCUGACUCUGGCUCAGCUGGGGAAGUGGAGGAGUGUGAACUAAGAGAUGGCUGUGAGGGUCAGUCCCUGCUGGCGAUGUCUCAGAGCGGCCUCUCCCUGUCACUCGCCUCCCUCUUCUCAGAUGCAGACAUAAAGCGCAGCAUAAGCUCCAGCAGCAGAUCGUUCCUCAGUUCUGAGUCCAUCUCUCCUUCCUUCCUCCAGUCCAACUCUGCUGAGUCAGUAGCCAUGGGUUUGCUGAAGCAGUUUGAGGGUAUGCAGCUUCCCGCCGCCUCCGAGCUCGACUGGCUGGUCCCAGAACAGGAUGCUCCACAGAAGCUGCUGCCCAUUCCAAACUCUCUGCCAAUUUCACCUGAUGAUGGCGAACAUGCAGACAUCUACAAGCUGAGGAUUCGUGUCCGAGGCAACCUGGAGUGGGCACCACCUCGACCACAGAUCAUUUUCAACAUCCAUCCCGCCCCCAAGAGGAAGUCUGUCGUGGCGAAGCAGAACUAUCGCUGUGCUGGUUGUGGAAUCCGGAUUGAUCCAGACUACAUUAAGCGACUACGCUACUGUGAGUACCUCGGUCGCUAUUUCUGCCAGUGCUGUCACGAGAAUGCCCAGGCGGUAGUUCCUGGGCGAGUGCUGAGGAAGUGGGACUUCAGCAAGUACUAUGUGAGCAACUUUGCCCGGGACCUGCUGAGCAAAAUCGCUGGAGACCCGCUGUUCAACCCCAUGGACAUCAACAGUGGCCUGUACAAGAAAAUCAAAGCUCUGGAGACCGUCAGGGUUUUGAGGGUGCAGCUGUUUCACAUGAAGAAUCUUCUCAAGACCUGUCGCUUGGCUAAAGAGUUGUUGGAGUGCUUUGACAGCCUGCCAGGACACCUGACCGAGGACCUUUACCUCUUCUCCCUCAAUGAUCUUAUUGCGGUGCGUAAUGGCGAGCUGGCGCCUCGACUGAAGGAGCUGCUUAAAGUUGGUUCUAUCCAUGUAGCUGGCUGUAUGCUGUGCCAGGCAAAGGGCUUUGUGUGUGAAUUCUGUGGCAACGACAAAGACAUCAUCUUCCCCUUUCAACUAAGCAAGUGCCAGCGCUGUGAAGAGUGCUACGCGUGUUACCACCGCAGCUGUUUCCAGGUAGGUAGGGAUUGCCCUCGAUGCCGACGUCUGGCAGAGCGCCGAGAGAGGAUGGCGCGUAGAAACAUGGAGCAGCAGGAAGAUGAAGGAGGUGGGACUUAGUCCCCGGAAAUAAGGCGAAGACCAGAACAGCACAAAAAGACCAUGAUUGUAGUGACUGGCCCCUCUUUCAGUUCCAGCCCCCUCAGAUCUGAACUGGCUGCAAACACUUUUGAUCUUCAGUGGAUUUGACACCUGUUCAGGACUUUUCUCCGCGUCUGCUGUUGACGUUCAUUCCUUUAUUGUAACUUUCACACGUGCACUUUACUCGGAAUGAGCAGUUUUCAUGCCCCAUCCUUAAACAUUCUGAAGAUCAAAUUACAUUUUAUGGAAAAUAAAGUGACUCUCCAAAUGGAU